AGCAAGAACUUCUGUUUACACAGUUAGUAGUUUGGAUAUGUUAAAAACAAACACAUUUCUGCCUUGUAUUUUAUGACUCCUGAUUGGAAUGCACUACAAGAGUUCUGUAGUCAAUGCUGCAAGGCUAUGUCAAUUUUAAAUGUAAACCAAAGAAGAAAACCCAAGCAAAGAGUGUGGAGCAGCACAGAAGGGAAGAAACAAGAUAUUUAACUCGCUUGCCACUUUUGAUUUGGGGUAAAAAGAUGUCAAAACCAAAAAGAACGACCCGUUUUAGUUUCACUCAUUCCAGGAGGAGACAGGUGGCUGCAAAUGACAGGAAAUUCUGCAUCAUGUGGCUCAACAAAAUGGUGAAAAAACAGGUGGAGAAGCAUUACGCAAAACUGCGUGAAGAAUUUAGUGUCCUGAGUCAGGAACUGAGAGAGCAGAUGGCAGCUGAGAUUACGAAGCAGCCGAAAGAAUCAGUGGCGGAAGAAGCAAGAGCGCAUUCCCAACUUUACACUGUGUUGUAUAAAGAGGAAGAUGAUGAAGAAAAAUCCCUGGACCAAAUAACACUGAGCUCUAACUCUUCAGAAACACACUUUUACACUAACCACAUCGACAAAAAAUUAACAAAAUUGAAGACAGAUAAUAACUUGAGGGUUUUACUUGAAGAUUCGACAGAUAGUGACUCCAGAGAUACUGACUUAGCUGAUGAUGAAGCCAUGCAUGGCUUCACUGAUUCUCACGGAAGCUCACACCAGACUGAACAACUGAUGGAAAGACUGUGGACUGAAUGGAUGGACAAUAAAGAAAGGACAGGGAAUCUUGAAGAAAACCCACAUGACCAACUAAAUUGUAAAAAACAAGGAGGAGCAAGACCUCGUGAACCAGGGAAGCCAAUGAAAGAGAUGACAAAGGUUGAGUCCACGAACACAGUCAAGAAAAUGAGGACAUACAUCAGCAACGUUUUUAAUCCUCACAGACAGUACAAGUGGAAGAAAUUAGAAGAGGAAGACUCAACUCUAUAAAGCAUGUGCAGCUCAAGUGCAUGUUUUAUAAAUACACCCAAACUUUGGUUGUUCCAAUAAAUAAUG